AUGAUGCCGGCAAUUCCUCCUUCCGGGCUGGUAUCAGUGAAUCCACUAGAUAGUGCACCUGUUGCAGUUCCUGCAAGCGUAGGAAAUCCAAACUGCAGCACCACUGCAAAUGUUCUUUCUGGGGAUAUCUCUGAAAACCGCCCCUCCAGCCCUAUUCCCGUGAGUGAGGACCAAUCUCAUCUCCCCGCAGAGGUCCCCGCAUCAACUAUCUCAGCCCCCGCCCAGUCGGCAAUCCAAUUCGUGAACCUUCCAGUUGAGAUCCAUGAGAUUAUUCUGGAUUAUAUCUUUGGCAAAAGAGCCUCAGCUGGUAAUCAUACAGCAUAUGGUCAAUCUUCUGCUCAGAACUGGAGCAAGGCUCUUCAUCAUCCGCGGCGGAAGGCCCUUUCCAACCUGGCCGUGACUUGCCGGGUAUGGACUGGGCUUGUUCAAAGCCGAAUCUACCGCCAUGUCAGAAUCAAGGGCACCAGAGAUGAAUUAGCCCACUGUGUCCGGUGGUUCAAGAGAAACCCGCAUUUGAUUCCUUACGUCUGUCACAUUGAGAUUUGGAUGCCUAUCUGGGGAGAUCGGGCUCUUCGGCCCAACACUUCUCGCUUGAAUGCGGCUGCGGCAGGACGUGUUGUACCUAUGCAGUGGAAUCAUGACCACCACCAGGGAAGUGAGAUGUUUUAUUUUCACCGUGCAGCUAACAACGCAUCCUUGGAGGAGAUAUUCGGCUUUAUUCGGCGCUUUCUCCCUGCUGCCCGAGUUUUCACUCUAGAAGGUAGCGACUGUAAGAACCCGCCAAUGGUCCAACAUUUCCGCCGUGGUCGUGGCAUGUACAGUCUGCAGGCUCUCAUCCAACGGCGUCUACCUGUUCUUGAACACAUACAAACAUUCAUCAUGCGAGGUGCCUGGAACCUGAUGCGACAACUUGGCGACUGGCAAAACAUUUCACGGGCAUUACCAGCUUUGGGUGAAUGGCAUUGCGCUUGGGCCCAACCCCACAUAAAUGCCUACUUCAUCAUGAUACACAUUCUCACCCGCCCUCAAACAACCAUCCGACACAUCAAUCUCAGCCUUGAGGGAUUUUACAACAAUGAUAGUUUGGUACGUGGGCUUCCUGGGCCUCGAACCAUGCUUCCUCCAAUCUGCAGUCUGCUUGGAGACACAGUUCCGUGUCUAGAGUCAUUUACCUACACUGGUCGUGUAUGCUGGUACUUCUUCGAGACACUGAAGCAAAGGGCAGCAGCAAUGGGUUCUGAUUCUCGACUCAGGUCACUGGACCUUAUAGUCAAGGCGUGCUGUCACAACGACAAGGUAGACAAAUCGCAUCACUGGUCGCAGAUGAGCCAAGGAAUCGGUGGAAUUAACAGCAUUGCAUUUAUUCGUGCUUUUGAAGCAAUGGUGGUCAAGUCCAUCGAGUGUCUAUCCGUCCUCCCUGCCCUGGAAUACAUGCGGAUCCGUUUCAUCGACCUCGAUUCAACCUGCCCGCCUCUGAAUCCGUAUUUCCAACUUGUCAAUGACGAGUGCACAGGCCUAUGGAGUCAGGACAUUCUGGAGGCAUUGCGCAUGAACAGACCAUCGGCCUCAUUUGUCGCGCUUACAGAUGGAACAGCUGCGGAGUACGAUGACCAGCAAAUUGUGGGCGCCCUGACACCCCGAGUUCGCCCUCUGGGUAUCCAAGUGAACACGUACAGUCUUCUUGCCGACAGCUCCAACCCGUACUAG